CUGGAAAAGGUAUUACAGCAGGGAGAUAUUGGGGAGUGUGCAGAGCCUUAUAUGAUUUUUAAAGAAUCUGAUGCAGCAAAGAAUAAGGAAAAGUUGGAAAAACUGAAAUGCCAGGCAGAACAGUUUUGCCAAAGACUAGGCAAGUAUCGAAUGCCUUUUGCCUGGACAGCCAUUCAUUUAAUGAACAUUGUGAGCAGCGCUGGAAGUUUGGAAAGAGACUCCACAGAAGUAGAAGUUGGCACAGGAGAACGUAAAGGAUCGUGGUCUGAGAGGCGGAAUUCUAGUAUUGUCGGGAGGCGUUCGCUAGAGAGAACUACAAGCGGGGAUGAGGCUUGCAAUUUGACCAGUUUUAGACCAGCUACACUGACAGUGACAAACUUCUUUAAACAGGAGGGCGACCGUCUGAGCGAUGAAGAUUUGUACAAGUUCCUUGCUGACAUGAGACGGCCAUCUUCAGUGUUACGGAGACUGAGGCCUAUCACAGCUCAAUUAAAGAUAGACAUAUCUCCAGCUCCAGAGAAUCCCCAUUACUGUCUAACUCCAGAGUUGCUGCAAGUCAAACUUUACCCAGACAGCAGAGUUAGGCCUACAAGAGAAAUCCUGGAGUUUCCUGCCAGGGAUGUCUACGUUCCAAAUACCACAUACAGGAAUCUUCUUUAUGUCUAUCCUCAGAGCCUUAACUUUGCCAACCGCCAAGGAUCUGCCAGGAACAUCACUGUAAAAGUCCAAUUCAUGUACGGAGAGGACCCCAGCAAUGCUAUGCCGGUCAUCUUUGGCAAAUCUAGCUGUCCUGAAUUUUCCAAAGAAGCAUACACAGCUGUCGUAUAUCACAACAGAUCGCCUGAUUUUCAUGAGGAAAUCAAGAUUAAGCUUCCAGCCACUUUAACCGAUCACCACCACCUGCUUUUUACUUUUUACCACGUCAGUUGCCAACAAAAACAAAACACUCCCCUGGAGACUCCAGUUGGAUACACCUGGAUACCGAUGCUUCAAAAUGGACGGCUAAAGACUGGCCAGUUCUGCCUACCUGUUUCAUUGGAAAAACCACCACAGGCUUAUUCAGUGCUUUCUCCAGAGGUUCCACUCCCCGGAAUGAAGUGGGUGGAUAACCACAAAGGGGUUUUCAAUGUAGAAGUUGUUGCUGUAUCAUCCCUCCAUACUCAGGACCCUUAUCUUGACAAGUUCUUUGCACUUGUCCAUGCUCUGGAUGAGCACAUGUUCCCUGUGCGAAUAGGAGACAUGAGAAUUAUGGAAAACAACUUGGAAAAUGAACUGAAGAGCAGCAUUUCAGCUUUAAAUUCCUCUCAACUGGAGCCGGUAGUGCGAUUUCUUCAUCUCCUGCUUGACAAACUGAUUCUUCUGGUAGUAAGACCUCCUGUCAUUGCAGGCCAAAUAGUUAACCUGGGCCAAGCAUCUUUCGAAGCGAUGGCAUCAAUCAUAAACAGACUUCACAAGAGCUUGGAUGGAAACCAAGACCAGCAUGGCAGAAACAGCCUUCUUGCUUCCUAUAUUUAUUAUGUUUUUCGCCUACCAAAUACUUACCCCAACUCACCAUCGCCAGGUCCCGGUGGCUUAGGGGGAUCGGUGCAUUAUGCCACCAUGGCUCGAUCUGCUGUCCGACCGGCAAGCCUCAACUUGAACCGCAAAAACAACAGCAACCCAGAUAUAUCUGGGACCCCCACCUCACCGGAUGAUGAAGUUCGCUCAAUCAUUGGCAGUAAGGGUUUAGACCGCUCCAAUUCCUGGGUAAACACUGGUGGUCCAAAAGCAGCCCCAUGGGGAUCCAACCCCAGCCCAAGUGCAGAGUCAACACAGGCUACGGAUCGAAGUUGUAAUCGUAUGUCUUCGCACACUGAGACGUCAAGUUUCUUACAAACAUUAACAGGACGAUUACCAACUAAAAAGCUUUUUCACGAAGAGCUGGCCUUACAGUGGGUUGUGUGCAGUGGGAGUGUGCGAGAGGCAGCCCUACAGCAGGCCUGGUUCUUCUUCGAGCUGAUGGUGAAGAGCAUGGUGCAUCAUUUGUAUUUUGCUGACAAACUGGAUGCGCCAAGAAAGAAUCGUUUUCCUGAGCGUUUCAUGGAUGAUGUAACUGCUUUGGUCAGCACAAUUGCCGGUGAUAUAGUCUCUCGGUUUCAGAAGGAUACAGAAAUGGUGGAAAGGCUCAAUACCAGUCUUGCAUUUUUCCUCAAUGACCUGUUGUCUAUCAUGGACAGAGGAUUUGUUUUUGCUCUUAUUAAGACCUGCUACAAACAGGUGUCUUCAAAGCUGUAUUCCUUAACAAACCCAAGUAACCUGGCAUCUUUGAGGCUGGAUUUCCUUCGCAUCAUUUGCAGCCAUGAACACUACGUCACCUUGAAUUUACCCUGCAGCUUGCUCACACCACCUGCAUCUCCGUCACCAUCUGUAUCUUCAGCAACUUCUCAGAGUUCUGGGUUCUCCACAAAUGUCCAAGACCAGAAGAUUGCAAAUAUGUUUGAGUUGUCUGUGCCUUUCCGCCAACAGCAUUACUUGGCCGGGCUUGUGUUGACAGAACUGGCUGUCAUUUUAGAUCCUGAUGCAGAAGGUUUAUUUGGAUUGCAUAAGAAGGUCAUCAAUAUGGUACACAAUUUACUGUCCAGUCACGACUCAGAUCCGCGGUACGCUGACCCACAGGUAAAGGCCCGGGUGGCAAUGCUGUAUCUACCUCUGAUUGGCGUGAUCAUGGAAACCGUGCCUCAGCUUUAUGACUUUACAGAGAGUCACAAUCAGCGAGGGAGGCCAAGCUGCGUCGCUGUUGAUGAUUACGAAAGCGAGGGUGGAAGCAUGAUAAGCCAGACAGUUGCCAUGGCCAUCGCAGGAACAUCGGUCCCUCAGCUCACCCGGCCCAGCAGUUUCCUACUCACCUCAUCGAGUGGCAGGCAGCACUCCACCUUCUCAACAGAGUCCAGCCGCAGCCUUCUGAUCUGUCUCUUGUGGGUGCUCAAGAACGCAGAUGAAAGUGUCUUGCAGAAAUGGUUCACAGACCUGUCAGUGUUGCAGCUCAAUCGCCUGCUGGAUUUGCUUUAUCUUUGUGUAUCCUGCUUUGAAUACAAGGGCAAGAAAGUGUUUGAAAGAAUGAACAGUCUGACAUUCAAGAAGUCAAAAGACAUGAGAGCCAAACUUGAAGAAGCUAUUUUGGGAAGCAUAGGGGCAAGGCAGGAAAUGGUCCGAAGAAGCAGAGGACAGCUAGAGAGAAGUCCUUCUGGGAGCGCAUUUGGAAGUCAAGAGAAUUUGAGAUGGAGAAAGGAUAUGACUCACUGGCGUCAGAACACAGAAAAGCUUGACAAAUCAAGGGCAGAGAUAGAACAUGAGGCACUUAUUGAUGGAAAUCUUGCAACGGAAGCAAAUCUGAUUAUUUUGGAUACGCUAGAGAUAGUUGUACAGACUGUUUCUGUGACGGAGUCCAAAGAGAGUAUCCUCGGUGGGGUGCUGAAAGUGCUUCUGCACAGCAUGGCCUGCAACCAAAGUGCACUUUAUCUCCAACACUGCUUCGCCACACAGAGGGCUUUGGUUUCAAAGUUCCCUGAGCUGCUGUUUGAAGAAGAGACUGAACAGUGUGCAGAUCUGUGCCUGAGGCUCCUGAGACACUGUAGCAGCAGUAUCAGCACGAUACGGUCGCAUGCGAGUGCCUCUCUUUACCUUCUGAUGAGGCAAAACUUUGAGAUUGGGAAUAACUUUGCCAGAGUGAAAAUGCAGGUGACCAUGUCUCUCUCAUCCCUGGUGGGGACGUCCCAGAACUUCAAUGAGGAAUUUUUGCGACGUUCUCUGAAGACUAUUUUGACAUAUGCUGAAGAAGAUCUGGAACUUAGGGAGACAACAUUUCCUGAUCAGGUCCAGGAUCUAGUGUUCAACCUCCAUAUGAUCCUCUCUGACACAGUUAAAAUGAAGGAGCACCAAGAAGAUCCAGAAAUGCUGAUUGACCUGAUGUACAGAAUUGCAAAGGGCUAUCAGAAUUCCCCUGACCUGCGCCUGACAUGGCUGCAGAACAUGGCUGGAAAGCACUCCGAGAGGAGCAAUCACGCCGAAUCAGCCCAGUGCCUGGUCCACUCUGCAGCCUUGGUGGCUGAAUAUCUAAGCAUGCUGGAAGACCGAAAAUACCUCCCUGUAGGGUGUGUUACAUUUCAGAACAUAUCUUCUAAUGUUUUGGAAGAAUCAGCAGUUUCUGAUGAUGUUGUAUCACCAGAUGAAGAAGGUAUCUGUUCUGGAAAGUAUUUUACAGAAGCUGGUCUGGUGGGAUUGCUGGAACAGGCUGCAGCAUCUUUCUCCAUGGCUGGCAUGUAUGAAGCAGUUAAUGAGGUUUACAAAGUCCUAAUUCCUAUUCAUGAAGCUAAUAGAGAUGCCAAGAAGCUAUCCGCUAUUCAUGGUAAACUCCAAGAAGCAUUCAGCAAGAUCGUUCACCAGAGUACUGGCUGGGAGAGGAUGUUUGGCACCUACUUCCGAGUUGGUUUUUAUGGGACUAAAUUUGGAGACCUGGAUGAGCAAGAGUUUGUUUACAAGGAACCCGCGAUAACAAAGUUAGCUGAAAUUUCCCAUAGGCUCGAGGGCUUUUACGGAGAACGGUUUGGUGAAGAUGUGCUUGAAGUGAUUAAGGACUCAAACCCUGUGGACAAAUGUAAACUAGAUCCUAACAAGGCCUACAUUCAGAUAACCUACGUGGAGCCCUACUUCGACACGUACGAGAUGAAGGACAGGAUAACUUACUUCGACAAAAACUACAACUUGCGGCGUUUCAUGUACUGCACGCCCUUCACGCUGGACGGCCGAGCUCACGGGGAGCUGCAUGAGCAGUUCAAGCGCAAAACGAUCCUGACGACGUCCCACGCUUUCCCUUACAUUAAAACCAGGAUAAACGUCAUCCACAAAGAGGAGAUCAUUUUGACGCCUAUUGAAGUUGCCAUAGAGGACAUGCAGAAGAAAACACAGGAAUUAGCUUUUGCAACCCACCAAGACCCUGCGGACCCAAAGAUGCUGCAGAUGGUGCUGCAAGGAUCAGUAGGUACCACCGUAAAUCAGGGACCAUUAGAAGUUGCACAAGUUUUCUUGUCUGAAAUACCCAAUGACCCAAAGCUCUUCAGACAUCAUAACAAACUACGGCUCUGUUUCAAAGACUUCACGAAAAGAUGCGAAGAUGCUCUGCGCAAGAACAAGAGCCUGAUCGGUCCGGACCAAAAGGAGUAUCAGCGAGAACUUGAAAGGAAUUACCACCGGUUAAAGGAAGCUCUACAACCUUUGAUAAAUCGAAAGAUCCCACAGUUGUAUAAGGCAGUGCUGCCGGUCACUUGCCACAGAGACUCCUUCAGCAGGAUGAGCCUUCGCAAAAUGGAUAUCUAAACGAGUUAAAAACCAAAAUAAAAAAGCACUUAAAAUUAAGGUUUUGAAAAGAAAGAGCCUUGUUAUCAGCGCUGGGAAUCAAAGAAGUUUUAUUGUGAAAUAAAACUUGGACUUCAUCCUGGACAUCCCACACACCUCUUCCUCCAUCAAAGUGUUCAGUGGCCAAAAAUCAUUCUGAAUUGUCAAAUGUAGACUUAUCAAUGUUUGAAAAAAAUCAUGACAGUGGUAUCCAGAGUAUUGGUGAUAAGCUGUAAACUUACCUGUUUUUUAAGGCAUUUUUAUGACUCAAAGGUACACUAAACGCAUUUACCUUUAUUUAUAGCAUUACCUAAUGUUAAAUUUAUUUACUUUUAGUUCAUAUAUUUAAUUUAUAUUAGGACCAUACGCAAAUGCAUUUUUGAAGUUUUUAAUGUAGUGAUGAUGGUUAUUUUGAUGGUACUAUUAAAUAUGUGAAUGUUUACACUUUAA